GGAGGGCAUGAUUGGCUGCAUCAAUAUCUACAAGAAGGCAACCUUUGUACAGUGGCACAUCCACCUGAGUAAGCUUUGUUUGGUGGCGACGGGAUCAGACGGUUCGCUAGCUGCAUUCCUGCUCGGGGUCAUCCAGCUUGCCUCUUCUGCCCCCUGGAGGAUUUUCGAGACAGCUCGGUUCCAGCAGUCGGGAAAAAUUCACUUCGUAAUAUGCAAUAAACUAAAAGCUAAAGGAAAGAGUUGGUCGACAGGGCAGAGGAUUUAUGCCCAGGAGAACCUUUCACUUAUCUCUCCCAGUUAGGCAGGCGGCGGCAGCCGUGGCGGCAAGUCCGGGCGUCGGAGCAACCCAGAUAAAAAGAAAACAAAGAUAACACAAAUAGCGGGAUACUAAAAGACAGCCAGCAGAUCAUUAAAACUCACGGAUAAAAACAAGGGAGGAUAAAAACCUCUUAAAACAACUUAAAACUUUGAUAAGGCUAUGGGCAACAGAUGGAGCAACUGGUACCCCCCAGCAGCCCUGGUGAUUCUGAGCAUGUUCUCCCUCACAGCCCUGCUCCUCAUUGUGGUGGGAAACCACAAUGUCACACUGCCUCCAGACAAUAAGUACGGGCUGGUGUUUGAUGCGGGCUCAUCCCACACCUCGCUCUUCGUCUACCAGUGGCCAAUGGACAAAGAGAACAACACAGGCGUGGUCAGCCAAACCUUCUCCUGUCAUGUCAAUGGGAGCGGGAUAUCAAGUUAUGCCAAAAACCCUCCGCAGGCAGGUGCCUCCCUCAAGGAAUGCCUGGAUGCUGCUAUGACCGUGAUCCCCCCAGAAAGGCAGCAGGAGACGCCAGCUUACCUGGGAGCCACAGCCGGCAUGAGACUGUUGAGAAUGGAGAAUGAGUCUGCAUCAAAACAAGUUCUGGAAGAAGUUGGCAAGACUAUCAAGCAGUAUCCUGUGAGUUUCCGAGGUGCUCAAAUCAUCAGUGGAGAGGACGAAGGUGCUUACGGCUGGAUCACCAUCAACUAUCUGUUGGACUCCUUCACCAAGUAUUCUGCUAAAGACAGAGAAUGGAUUCACCCCACUUCAACCAAUAUAUUGGGCGCAUUGGAUCUCGGAGGGGCAUCGACCCAGAUUAGUUUUGUUCCAGCUGGCAAGAUCACUGAUCCAAAUGAAGCCGCUCACUUCCGACUCUAUGGGUUUGAUUACACCAUCUAUACCCACAGCUACCUGUGCUAUGGUCAGAACCAAGCCCUCCAGCACCUGACCCGGAUUAUAAUCAAUUCAAGCUCAUCGGAUCGGGUCGAUCAUCCUUGCUACCCAGAAGGCUACAUUUCAUCCUUUACAACUGCGUCUGUCUAUAGCAGUCCGUGUGCCAAGCAAUCAAUGCCACCUCCAGCCUCGAAGAACUUUACUCUGGUGGGCACAGGCAAUGCCACCCUGUGCCGGGAAACCUUCAAGAGUAUUUUCAACUUCUCAAAAAACUGCAAAUAUAAUGAUUCCUGUGGUUUCAACGGGGUCUACCAGCCUAAGGUCAACGGGAAAUUUCUGGCUUUUUCUGCCUAUUACUAUACCUUCAAUUUUCUGAACUUGACUGAAACUCAGCCACUGGCCACUGUUGAAGAUACUAUCAAGACGUUCUGUGCCAGGAAAUGGGAUGAAUUGAAAUCCAGUUACUCCAGCGAGAAGGAGGACCAUCUGAAAAACUACUGUGCUAGUGCCAACUACAUCCUUACUAUCUUGCUGGACGGUUAUGGCUUUCGAACGGACACCUGGAACAACAUUGCCUUCCGGAUGCGGGCUGCCAACUCGGAAAUUGGCUGGACUCUGGGCUACAUGCUGAACCUCACCAAUAUGAUCCCCGCAGAGGCCCCCCGACAGCUGAGAGGGCACGAGGAAGGGGUGUGGGCAGCCAGCAUUUUCUUCAUUGCCGCUGUGUUGGCAAUCUGUAUUGCCUUGCUGGUCAUGUAUUUACUGCGCUGAGAGAAAGGGGCUGCAUUUUGGACUGUUCACCUCCCCGCAGCCUCUGUGUGGGUUAGGGUGGGGCAGUCAGCACCAGCCCCUCAGUGGACCCACAAGCAAGCAAACACUAAACAGAUUGGCAGGCGCCACCAAGCCAGACCAGCUUCAACUCUCUAAGACCCAAUGGGACAAACAUACACUACUUGCCCAACUAACACUGAUUAUGCCUUUUCUUUUCAGAAGUACAUGCAGUAUAUAAUUUAUUGUACCGCAAUCCCCCCUCCCCAGCAGUAUAUUAGCUAUGUAAACCAUAAAGUCCCUGGUUCGAAACUUAUCUCUUCCGUGAGCUGUUGCAAAGGCCAGAGGCAAGCUGCUUUCUUUCUCAUCAAACCCCCCCCCCCCAAAAAAAAUAUGGGGUGAUGAUAAAACUGUUCUGUGUUGCAGGAAUCUCCUAAGACUCACUGGGCAUAAUGGAGGUAGGGUUUUGACCCCCCUCGAAAACACUCUAGCAAUAUUAUUAUUAAUGAAAAUUAAUUGUAAUAGGAAUGAAUUUACAAGUACUACUAAUAUUGUUUCUCAUCCGCUGUUUACUGGACCAGUAGUUCACUGGUGCCAACCUGUGGGGCCCAUGCAAGCAACUGGCAAAUGCAGAUGCCUGCCUUGGUGGGCAAGAGGGCAGGACUUCAAGGCUGCUUAUCAGGUCUUAAGAUUGAUCUUGGCACCAAGGUGAGAGACCAGUUUAAAGCAGAUGAUAGAUUCUCAGGCAAAGGAAUUGCAGGGUGCCAGGAGUCAGUCGGACAGGAGCUACAGUGGUCUGAUUCAGGCCUGGAAGAGGAACUGCCUGGGAUGGGAUCCCCAAAGAUGCAACUACGGACAAAAAAAGCGUACUAGAAACACCAUGCAAACACUGUAAAUACUUGGGGGAGUUGAUUCUAUGGGGCUGGUUCUCAUCUCCCUGUUGUGGACAACUAGUUACAUUCUUUCUUUCUUUUUUGCACCAAAAUAUUUUUGUGGGUGAAAGGAUCUCUCUCAACCCCAUCAGGAACAAACUUUCCACAAGACUUAAGGCAUGUGCAGGCUGUCUUCAUUUUCCAGUUGGGAUUCCAUCACAUACCAGCAAAAUUCAAAUUUGAAAUGAAAUUGAAUAUGAAAUACUUGGGCAACAAAAAGAGACCUGGACUUUUUGUAGCAAGAAAUGCGAUGGGAAAAUGCGUGGGAUAGCACUUACAUGACCCAACACCAUAGAAAUUCCCUGCAAACAAAUUGGAAUGAGUGUGCAAUAAACAGUUGGACACUGUAUGACCUCCCUGCGAACUCUGCACAAACAAAUCAGGACAAAUGUUCAAUAAACAGGUCAUCAGGAACUGACCUCACAGUG